CGUGGAGGAGAAAGACGACGCAGCGGACAAAACACACAAUGGCGACAGCGGCUACAACUGCUGGCGGAACGGGCUCCGGCGGGCCGACUACCGGCCUUGUGGGCGGCGGUACUGCAGUCGGGCGAAAGAAAGACGGAGGACCGUCUACGAAGUUCUGGGAGAGUUCAGAUACGGUCUCGCAGUUGGAGACGGUGCGGCUGUGGAUCGGAAAGCACUACAAGAAGCAUGUCCAGAAUGACUCCCCCUCCAGUAAAUCCUUGGCGGGUCUUGUGGUCCAGCUGUUGCAGUUCCAGGAGGAUGCGUUUGGACGCAGGGUCAACAAUCCUGCUCUUACAAAGCUCCCUGCCAAGUGUUUCAUGGACUUUAAGGCGGGAGGUGCUCUGUGCCACAUCCUCGGAUCUGUGUACAAGUUUAAGAGUGAGCAGGGAUGGAGAAGAUUUGACCUGCAGAAUCCCUCCCGGAUGGACCGGAACGUGGAGAUGUUCCUAAAUGUAGAGAAGAACCUGGUCCAGAAUAAUUGCUUGACUCGGCCCACUGUCUACCUGUCUCCCGACAUCGAGCAGAAACAAGCCAGUAAGCUCAAAGACAUCAUCAAGAGGCACCAGGGUUCUAUGACUGACGAUAAGUCAAAGGCCACUCACCACAUUUAUCCCUCUCCAAGCCACCAAGAAGAAGAGGAGUGGUUUCGCCCCGUCAUGAGGAAAGACAAGCAGGUGCUCGUGCACUGGGGUCUUUAUCCAGACAGCUAUGACACCUGGGUGUCCGCCAGCGAGGUGGACAGUGACCCGGAGGACCCGCCCAGCGCCGACAGACCCUGGAAGGUCCACGUCAAGUGGGUGUUGGACACGGACGCCUUCAAUGAGUGGAUGAACGAGGAAGACUAUGAAGUGGACGAGAACAAGAAGCCGGUCUGCUUCCGCCAGAAGAUCUUCCCCAAAGAGGAGGAGUCUUCCCGUACACCCGAUCGCAAGGAGCGCAAGGCCAACUCCGCCGGCAAGAAGAGGAGGCGCUCGCCCUCGCCGCCCAGCACGCCCGCCGAGUCUCGCAAGAAGGGAGGCAAGAAGGGAAACCCGGGGCCUCACUGGAAACGCCGCGGCCACCGAGGCGAAGAGGAAGACACCGAGGAGGACAUGACCAAGGACCUGGACGACUCGUCCGCCGGCGCCAGCCUGGAGGAGGGCGGCAUGUCCAAAAGUGCAAAUUCAAAGAAAGACAGCGAGAACACCCCCGUCAAAGGAGGGAAUGUGGCCGACUUGGAUGACAUGGAAGACGACUCUGUGCUGUCUGGUGGGAAGGACGACGAUGAACAAGGCAAAGGUGAAGUGAACCGUCUGAUGGACGCCGGUGAGGACAACGUGACCGAGCAGACGCACCACAUCAUCAUCCCCAGCUACGCCGCCUGGUUCGACUACAACUGCAUCCAUGAGAUUGAGAGGAGAGCCCUGCCUGAGUUUUUCAAUGGGAAGAACAAGUCCAAAACUCCAGAAAUAUACCUGGCCUACCGCAACUUCAUGAUCGACACGUACAGGCUCAACCCUCAGGAGUACCUCACCUCCACCUCCUGCCGCAGGAACCUGACCGGAGACGUCUGCGCCAUCAUGAGGGUCCAUGCCUUCCUGGAGCAGUGGGGUCUGGUGAACUACCAGGUGGACUCGGAGAGUCGCCCCCUCCCCAUGGGCCCCCCGCCGACGCCCCACUUCACGGUGCUGGCCGACACGCCGUCCGGCCUCAUCCCCCUCAACCACAGACCCCCUCCGAUUCCUCCUCCACAGCCGAUGCCCAACUUUGCAGACAAAGGGAAAGACAAACCCAUCGACCUGCAGAACUUUGGCCUUCGUCCCGACCUCUACAAGAAGAACGCCAAGGGUAAACCAGUGAGCACCACCAGAGAAUGGACCGAGCAGGAGACUUUACUCCUGCUGGAGGCUCUGGAGAUGUACAAAGACGACUGGAACAAAGUGUCGGAGCACGUCGGCUCGCGCACCCAGGACGAGUGCAUCCUGCACUUCCUGCGGCUGCCCAUCGAGGACCCGUACCUGGAGAGCACGGAGACCACCCUGGGCCCGCUGGCCUACCAGCCCAUCCCCUUCAGCCAGUCCGGGAACCCCGUCAUGAGCACCGUCGCCUUCCUCGCCUCUGUUGUCGACCCCAGAGUGGCUUCUGCUGCUGCCAAGGCAGCACUUGAGGAGUUCUCUCGUGUGCGUGAGGAGGUUCCCGCCGAGCUGGUCGAGGCUCACGUGAAGAAGGUGCAGGAGGCGGCGAGGAGCACGGGCAAAGUGGACCCCGCCUUCGGCCUGGAGAGCAGCGGCAUCGCCGGGACGGCGCCCGAGGAGCCGGAGAAGACAGAAGCAGCAGAGCCAGAAAAGAUGGACACUGACUCGGACUCCCAGCAGGCCGAUAAGGCCGAGCUGAAGGACGAGGCGGAGAAGCCCAGCGAGUCGGCAGAGAAGAGCGAGAAGACGGAGACGACGGAGAAGGUGAAGAAGGAAGGAUCCGAGGCCUCGGAGCGCGAGGAGGAGAGCGAAGAGGGAGGAGAGGCCAAAACCUCCCCAGCAGACAAAGACAAAGAGGAGGCGAUGGAAACGUCGUCCUCGGAGCAGGAGAAGGAGAAGGAGGAGAAGGCGGCCCCAGAGGAAGGAGACGACAAGAGGAAGAAGCUGGAGCACGAUAUCGGCGAGGGAAACAUCGCCACGGCGGCCGCAGCCGCCCUGGCGUCCGCCGCCACCAAGGCCAAGCACCUGGCGGCAGUAGAGGAGAGGAAGAUCAAGUCCCUGGUGGCUCUGCUGGUGGAGACGCAGAUGAAGAAGCUGGAGAUCAAACUGAGGCACUUCGAGGAGCUGGAGACCAUCAUGGACCGCGAGAAAGAAGCCUUGGAGCUUCAGAGGCAGCAGCUGCUCACCGAGCGGCAGGCGUUCCACAUGGAGCAGCUCAAAUACGCCGAGAUGAAGGCGCGGCAGCAGAUGGAGCAGCAGGCCGCCGCCGCCGCUGCAGCAGCCGCCGCCGCCGCCGCCGCCGCCCAGGGGCAGGGCCAGGCGCCGGGAUCCGGACCCCACUCGGGCCCGCCUCCACCCGGCAUGCACCCCGGAGGACCCCCGCCUCACCACGGAGGACCGCCUCCUCACCACGGAGCGCCGCCUCCACACCACGGAGGACCCCCGCCGGGCGCCGCCAUGCACCCGGGAUACCCCCCGAUGGGCCACCACCCGAUGGCCCCCCACCACCCGGGACAGACAGGACCCAUGGGGCCCGGACAGCCCAUGCCCGGACGCAUGAUGGCCGGCCCGCCCUCCGCCGGCCCCCCUCCCGGCGGCAUGCCCCCCAUGAUGCCCCCGCGCCACCCCGGAGCUCCCAACGGCAUGUACCCCGGUCCGCCUCCCGCUCAGCCGGAGGCCAUGCCGCCUGCUCCCGUGGGUCCUCCGCCGCCCCCCAGUGGAAGAGUGGCUGACAACUGAGAGACACACACACGCGCGCACACACGCGCGCACACACACACACACACACACACACACACACACACACACACACCCAACUGUUUUGUCAUCAGCCCCUUUUGACGGCUUUUGCUAGUGGCUCAAUUUUUCCCCUCAACACUCAAAGUAAUAAACUUCAGAACCGGACCCACACACACACACACACACACACACUCAGGGUUCAGUGGCCAAGGUAACCCGUUGCUAAACACACACACACACACACACACACACACACACACAAGCAGACUUCCUCUCAGGGCACAGCGGCAAGGGUCGUGUAGUAAUAAACACUGUUUUCUGCUCUGUGGGGCCGAUGGAGGCUGCAGAGAACGAAACCAAGGAGACAGAAGAGGUUUUAAAACACUGUCUUCCCCCCCAACCCCCAUCCACACACCCCACCCUCAACCCUCCCUCGCUCUUUGAAAAUACACUGUAACUCCCCCAUUAAACACACACACACUCUCUCAUCUGGUUCCUCCCUCUCUAAGACAAACACUAGAGGGAGCUAGUGAGCGGGGGGACGGUUACAAAUGCGAAUAUGAGUGUGUGUAUGCACAGAACAAGCCGAGCUGUUACACACACGCGCGCACACACACAUACACGGAGGAUCCAGCCUGCACUCACUCUUGCCCAGUCGAGUAUCUACCUCUCGCUCCUCUUUAAAUGAUACACUGUAGUUGUGUGUGUGAGUGUGUGUGGUGUGUGUGUGUGCGUGUGAUGGCGGCGUGUGCCUUGUCUGAGUUCUACAGUCGGGUGUGUUCACGAGCAUCAGAAGUAAUAAGGCGAGGAGCGAACACACACACACACACACACCCCCACCCCUGCUGUGAAGCAGCUCCCUCUGUUUCCUUAACUCAGACGCAGCAGUGAAGACGAGAAGAGGAAACUCCUCGCUGCACUCGAAGCGUCGAGCGUGUCCAGAAAAGUUCCACUUACGUCGUGAAUUAAAGGUUAAAGGUCAAACUGCUGUUAAACCAGCUGUUCACUGAUCUGACUGAAGUGAACGAGCGGCUGUGAAUUAAUCAUGUUGACUCCGACAGGACUCGUUUUCUGACCGGCCCGUUGAGACGCUCGUGGCUCGGCAACAAAGAUAUUGAUCAAUAACACCGAUUUAUAUUGAUUUUAUAUGCGGUUGAUCAAUCGCCUGUUGCUCCGAGUCGAUAGUUUUCCCAUUAAUUAACUUUAUUUUGAGAAGAAUUUAAUGACAAUAAUUGUACACUAAUGGACACACAAACACACACACUCACACACUCACUCUUGUAUACAGAAAUGUGAGCUAAGCUGAGGCCAACACUGGAGAUGACACACACUCGGACUCAGCCAGACCCCGCCACUGAAGCACUGGACCACCACACACACACACACACACACACACACACACACACACACACACAGAGUCUGGGCUUCACUCUGAAGCCUCCUGGGCUCGGUGGGCUUCUCGGUGUGUUUUCGGUGCUGAUACUGUAGCACUCGCCCUCCUCCCUCCCUCCACUCUGCUCCGCCUCCUCCCGCCCGGCGCCACCUACCUCGCUAACACACCCCGCCCCGCCCGCCUCUUUAAAACUCAGAAAUAUCUGCGUUUCCAUGUCUCCACCCACAUCGGUUUGAGACUCGUCGGUUUCAGUUUGACGUUGAAAUGAGCCGCGAGGCUUUCGGCUGGAAUGCAAAUUAACAACGAAAAGCCAAGCGAUUCACAAAUGACCGAAUCUGGUGAAGUCUUGGAACUGUGUGUUUCAAAACCAGCUGUUGGUGAACUGCUGAGUGAGUUUUAUUGGAGCGCCUCCCUCCUCCUCUCUGCUAGCACUGUUAGUAUCUCUGCUACCUCUUCCUCGCUCGUUUGCUCGCUACCUCUUCUAGAAAUCUUCCUCUCGGCUCUCUGGCUACCUCUGCUCCCCCUCGCUACCUCUCCUUCCUUUUACUUACCCCUCUUUUGUAAUUUUUCUUCUCUUUUCCGCCGCCUGCGUGACUGCUGCAUCAACCGACUGUUGCCGUCUUCUCCCCGAAGAAGAAAACACACACACACACUCACACACACACAGUCAUCCACCGGCGCGCUCGUUCACCGUGCCCUCGUUUCCAUUCGACAUCCUACCAGGCUUAUGAUCCCCUAAAUAUUGAAUAUGACAGGACCCCCUCCUCUGUCUCUCACACACACAAAUACACACACACACACAUAUUAUCUUUAAUCGAUGCUUUGUGUUAAUGUAUUUUUAAGGAGAAGUUUUGUGUAGAUGGACAUUAUCUCUGUUCUUUGUAGCAUUUGUUUUUGCUUUUUGUUUUUUUUCUUUUUUUUUAUUUUGUAUGGGGUCUGUUGGUACUUGGACCUAGAAACUGUCGAAUAAACUGUGUUUUGUACGAGA